AUGGUCCUCGCGCAGCCCCCAAACCAGCAUGUCAUGAAGGCAUUCGACCUCACGGGCAAGGUCGCCGCCGUCACUGGAGGUGCCCGUGGGAUCGGACUCGAAGUCUCCAAAGCACUGGCAGAGGCCGGUGCCAAUGUGGCCCUGAUCUAUAACUCGUCCAAGACAGCCGAAACCACGGCAGCUGAAAUCGCAUCCGCAAACAAUGUGCGUGCGGCCGCCUACCAGGCCAACGUGGGCACCCAGUCCGAGAUCGAAGCCGCCGUGCAGCAGAUUUCCAAGGACUUUGGCCGUCUCGACAUUAUCGUGGUCAACUCAGGCGUCACCUCGUGCGUUGCUGCAGAGGACUAUACCCCAUCCCAGUGGAGCGACAUUAUGAAAGUCAAUCUGGAUGGCGCUUUUUACUCAGCGCAGGCCGCGGCUCGCAUCUUCAAGGAGCAGGGCCAUGGUAACGUUAUUUUCACAGCUUCCGUGAGCGCGACCUUGGUGAAUGUGCCUCAGAAACAGGCAGCGUAUAACGCCUCCAAGGCUGGAGUCGUGCAGCUGGCCAAAUGCUUGUCCGUGGAAUGGGUCGAUUUCUGUCGCGUUAACUGCAUUUCCCCUGGCUUUAUUGCAACCGAGAUUCUUGACAUACACCCUCAGGAAUGGCGAGAAAAGUGGUUCGACAUGAUCCCCGCCAGGAGAAUGGCGGAAUGUUAUGAACUGAAAGGCGCCUAUGUCUUCUGCGCUUCGGAUGCAUCUAGCUAUAUGACAGGCGCGGAUCUUAUCAUUGACGGGGGGUAUACGCUGCCGUAA